UCCGUCUUCCGCCCCCCUCCUUGAAGAUGUCGACAAGCACUGCACAUCUGUGUCUGUGUCAUCCAGACACCACAGGUCGCAUUCAUCUGACCUGAACGUCACCGAUACUCAUCAAUCGUCACUAUUCUGCAUCCUGAUAAACGCAAACGGGACGAAAAACAACAACAAUGAUGGACUAUAAUGAGGACUAAGUUGUUAAUAUGCUGCAACAACAACUUCAAAAUCCCAGCGCUGACAUACCUCACCACACAAGCACACAGGCUUUGGGGGUCCGGCCAAAUUUUAAGGCCAAUUGACUUUUAAUAUGAAUCACGGUGGGAUGCCACGGACUCAUCCCAUCACAGGAAAUUAACACCCUGAAGCACACACACUGUUCGUUUUGGUGGCCUGGAACUCCGUAAACAUGGAGCGUUAUUCUCUCUCAUGCUCGAUGGAGAUGAGAACUUCUACAUGCAGGCAGGUUGACUGAUGACCAAUGAGCUGAACUCGUUCUCCCUAAUUGGUCUCCUGCGAUCACAGCGUCACUCUGUGAAACCUUCCACCUCCUGCUCUCUCUCUCUCGCUCUCUCUCUCCGAGCGCACACACAGAGGAUGGGGAGGGACUGAUCCACACACCAUAAGUUGGGUCAGACUGGCUUCUGUCAGCACAUCACCGCCCACCAGACGGGUUCCAGUCGCGUCCACUGAGAAGUGUAGCUCCUUGGCCAUCAUGCAGCUGCAGAAUCUACUCUCUGGUCAGUGGGCUAUCUCUUCCCAAACCUCACGGCUCUGAAGUUACCUCUGUUCAGGUGGAGGAGCUCAAACUGCUAUGACCUCUCAGGUCGAGUCGAAAUGCUCUGAGGUGCUGAGGAAGAGGAGACACAGUCCAGUGGGCCAGCUCCCACCGCCGGCCACCUCCAGCAAGCCGUUGACGCCCUUCGGCAUCGAGGACAUCCUCAACAAGCCGUGUGCGAAGAGGAGCCGGCCGUUGCCAGCGUCUCAACAGGAAAGAAGCCCGUCCGACCGGCCACCGCUGGGCCUGAGCUCCCCACUGUGCGCACUGGAGGAACUGGCCAGCAAAACCUUCCGGGGCCUGGAGGUCAGCGUCCUGCAGGCUGCAGAGGGCCGGGACCGUCAGGGCCUUUUCGGACAGAGGAACGCCCCUAAAAAGCGCCGGAAGUCCCGGACGGCCUUCACCAACCAUCAGAUCUACGAGUUGGAGAAACGCUUCCUGUAUCAGAAGUAUCUGAGUCCGGCGGACCGGGACCAGCUCGCCCAGCACCUGAGCCUGACCAACGCGCAGGUCAUCACCUGGUUCCAGAACAGGCGGGCCAAGCUCAAGCGGGACCUGGAGGAAAUGAAGGCCGACGUGCAGUCCGCCAGAGCCGCUGGAGCUGUGGCCUUUGAGAAGCUCUCCAAGCUGGCGGAGCUGGAGAAGUGCGCGGCCGAAGGUCUGGGCCUGGUGGCGCGCUCUGCACUGAACCGGGCCGGAGGCCCGGAGCAGAGGUUCGGCAGGACUGAAGGAGAUUUCAACAGGCCGCCUGCGUCUCCUACUCUUCCUUCCCCCAAGCUGCCGCGGGACAGAGACGGACCGAUCAGCAGGUACGGUUCGGAGGACGAAGAGGAAGAGGAGGAGGAGGAGGAGGAAGAGGAGGAGAUCGAUGUGGGUGACUGAAGCAUCCCACGUGGCGUGGAGUGACUGUCGUGGUUUCCCUACUUUAAUUCAAUUACACUCGCCACUUUUUGACUGAAUAUGAAGGUUUUGUUUGGUGCCAAAGUAUUUGUGGCUUGGAACUGAGAAGUUGAAAAUAAAAAUCUAAUUAGAGCUAUGUAAUUGUAGAUUUU